AGUACGAUCCAUGCAUGGCAGAUGCAAUUAAAAUUUAUCGGCUAGCCGUAGAGAAGAGAAUUUCAAACGCAGCAACUCUGCCGAGUCAACAGCACCUAUGAUACAACAACAGCACCAGCCUCCGCAGCAAAAACGUCUCAGUCUCGCUUAAUCCGGUAUCGCAGGAAGACUCUCUGCCAACAGAUUCUGUGAAGUCGCGGCAGCAUGAUUUAAAUAAAAGUUUUUCUUUGAAUUUGAAGAUUAUGUGGCGCGUGCUUUUUGCUGUUGUUCUCGGGGUUUUGUGUCUUUUAAAUGAGUGCGGGGCACAGAGGAAGAACUAUUCGAAUUUACGGUGUCCAAAGAGCUGUUUUUGCUUUAAGACCACCGUGAGAUGUAUGAAGUUGAGCUUGCUGGAGGUGCCCAAAGUGCCUAUUCAAACCAUCACUUUAGAUUUACGAUUUAACAAAAUAAAGGAAGUUACGCCAGGCACCUUUAAAGGGCAUCGCGAUUUAAAAUCAAUAUUACUCAACAAUAAUUUACUGACCGGUAUCAAAAAUGGCACUUUCGAAGGCCUACACAACUUGCAGUAUCUUUAUUUGUAUAAAAACAGGAUUAAACACGUCGAACCAGGAGCGUUUCAUGGCCUACUGAAACUGGAAAGACUGUAUCUUCAAAAUAAUGACUUGCAAGUACUGCAACCUGGAAUUUUUUCGAAUUUACCUUCCCUGGACAGACUAAAUUUAUACAACAACCACAUAUCCCACAUACCUCCGAAAACCUUUGAUAACCUCCCGAGGCUCACCAAAUUACGAUUGGACCAUAACGCGCUUAUAUGCGACUGCGAGUUGCUUUGGUUCGCAAAAAUGCUAAACAACAACGAAAUACAGGGAAGCGCACAUUGCAAAUACCCCAGCGAAAUGUACGGGAAGGCACUUAAUGAGAUGGACGUCAAAGAUUUCCACUGCAAACCUCCUGAAAUCAUGGAAGGACCUCACGACAUUGAAAUUUCCUGGGGGAAGACAGCCGUGUUCACGUGCAAAGUAAAAUCGGACACCCAAGCGAAUGUUAUUUGGAUGAAGGACCAAGAAGAACUAGGAAACAACGACAAAUACAAAAUAAUGGAGAAUGGAACUUUGAUGAUAGAAAACAGCGAUGAAAGUGAUGGCGGAAAAUACGAAUGUAUGGUUAAAAAUCCGGAAGGCGAAGUCAAAUCAAGACCAGCUAGGAUGAUAGUGGUUAGAAGGGAAGCUGAGGUGGUUACUCAGGGAUACAAUUCAUAUUCACCCAAGAUCAUAGUACCACCAGAAACCAUAGAAACCACCCCGGGGAACCAUGAGGUAACUUUGAGAUGCGAAGCAACUGGUUUUCCGCAACCAACUAUUUCCUGGUCGAAGAAUCGUGUAAGAUUAUCCCCUUCCUCAAAACACAACAUCCUUAACGAUGGAAGACUAAUAAUAAGACCUGUAGAAGACAGUGACUAUGGUACAUAUAGAUGUGACGCCUCAAAUUAUAACGGACGGGAAUCUGCUGAAGCGGAUGUCAUCAUUAACGUGUCUCCACGUUUUACUGUUAACCCGGAAAAUCAGGAAGUAGACGUCGGGAAAACGGUCAGACUGGAAUGCGUGGCAACUGGCAGCCCAAGCCCUCAAAUAACGUGGUUCAAAGGCGACCAGCGCGUGAACCCAGACCACCACUUGAAAAUUUUCGACGGAACCCUGGAAAUAUUCGACGCCCAACUGCAGGACUCUGGCUUGUACAUCUGCGAGGCUAGGAACAGCCUGGGUUACAGCGAGGUGAGCGCCAAGUUGGCUGUGCAGCCACCGGUGGAAAGCAAAAAGCCCAAGUUGAUUUACAAGCCCUACAAUAUGGAGGCUUUGAUAGGGAGCACGAUAGAGUUGCCUUGCAAGGCUGAUGGAGACCCGACGCCGGGAAUACAGUGGAGUAAAGAUGGACAGACCAUGCAGCGUACAGGACGCUUCAGGGUUUCUUUGGAUGGAAAUUUGUAUAUUUACAAACUGGCACUGGAAGACCAGGGUAGAUAUGAAUGCAGCGCCAUAAACGACCGCGGUAGGGACACCGCAUCUGGUUACGUGACAGUAAAAGAAAACAAUAACCCCAACGAUUUCGGCAUCGGUGAUAAAUUCGUGAAAGUCGCAUUUCAAGAAGCCACGGGUGAAAUCGAUAAGGCCAUCAACAACACCAUAGACAAUUUGUUCCAUAAAAAAGGCCCGCAUAGUUCUUCCGAACUCUUCAGACUUAUCAGAUACCCUGAUGCGCCAGCGAGAGAAUUGGCUAGAGCUGCGGAAAUCUACGAAAGAACCCUUUUAAACGUCAGGAAACACGUGGAAAAAGGUACACACAUGGACAACCCGACCGAUUUCAAGUACAGGGAAAUACUAUCUAAAGAUCAUCUGGAUUUGGUGGCCAAACUGUCAGGUUGCACGACGCAUCGCCUUACCAGGAACUGCUCUGACAUGUGUUUCCACUCCAAAUAUCGCAGUAUAGAUGGCACGUGUAAUAACCUGCAAAACCCGACGUGGGGUGCUUCUCUUACAGGCUUCAGACGUAUUUUGAAACCCAUAUACGAAGACGGUUUUACAACACCAAUAGGCUGGGACAAAUCCAGGAAGUACUUCGGUUACCCUAAGCCGAGUUCGAGAUUGGUCUCGACGAGUUUAAUAGCCACGAAAAAAAUAACUGCAGACAACGAGAUUACGCACAUGGUAAUGCAAUGGGGUCAGUUUUUGGAUCACGAUCUGGACCAUUCUCUGCCCUCGGUGAGUUCGGAAAGUUACGAUGGCAUAGACUGCAAAAAAUCGUGCGAUUACGCUGCACCCUGUUACCCAAUGGAUGUUCCGCCAAACGAUCCGAGAGUAACAAACCGUAGAUGCAUAGAUUUUGUACGGACGUCCGCCAUAUGCGGAUCGGGAAUGACGUCGAUAUUUUUCGACGAAAUCCAGCCUAGAGAGCAGAUUAACCAGCUGACAUCGUACAUCGAUGCGUCGCAGGUCUACGGGUUUUCCGAAGAGUUGGCCAAGGAUCUGAGAGACCUAAAUGCCGAUGGAGGGAGAUUGAAGGAAGGCGUGAUAUUCCCGGAGAGAAAACCUCUGCUACCGUAUGCUGCAGGCCCGGAAAUGGACUGCAGAAGAAACUUAUCCGAAAGCGCCUCGAUUAAUUGCUUCCUAGCCGGCGAUAUCAGAGCCAACGAACAGUCGGGUUUAAUAGCUAUGCAUACCUUGUGGAUGCGCGAGCACAACAGAAUAGCCAGGGAGCUGAAAUAUCUCAACCCACAGUGGGAUUCGGAUAUGCUUUACUACGAAUCGAGAAAAAUUGUAGGGGCCGUAAUGCAACACAUAACCUACAAGCACUGGUUACCGUUCAUCAUAGGCGAUCAAGGCAUGAAGAUAUUAGGCGAAUACAGAGAAUACAACCCGCGACUAAACCCAAGUAUCUCCAACGUGUUCGCCACGGCCGCCCUAAGAUUCGGACACACUCUAAUCAACCCAAUCCUGCACAGGCUAGAUUGGAACUUCAAACCCAUCAAAGAAGGUAACCUCCCUCUGCACAAAGCCUUCUUCUCUCCAUGGCGGGUGGUGGAGGAGGGAGGUGUAGAUCCCCUGCUAAGAGGUCUCUACACAAUCGCGGCGAAAAUGAAGAAACCCGACGAGAAUCUAAACGAGGAUCUCACAGAGCGCUUGUUCGAAACCGCCCACGCUGUAGCUCUCGAUCUAGCCGCCACGAACAUCCACAGAUCCAGAGACCACGCCAUCCCAGGAUACUUGGAGUUCAGGAAGUUCUGCAACAUGAGCCCUGCAGAGUCUAUCGAAGAUUUAAAGGGGGAAAUAUCCGACGGAAACGUCAGACGGAAGUUGCAGGAGUUGUAUGGGCACCCAGGCAACAUAGACGUGUGGGUGGGGGGUAUUCUGGAAGAUCCGGUCCCGGGUGGCCGCGUCGGGCCUCUGUUCCAAUGCCUGCUCAUCGAACAGUUCAGAAGGCUACGCGACGGAGACCGUUUUUACUACGAAAACCCGUCGGUAUUCAAACCGGAACAGCUGACGCAAAUAAAAGAAUACACCCUGGCUAGAGUUUUAUGCGACAACGGCGACAACAUUACGAGAGUAUCGAGGAACGCGUUCGUGCUUCCGGAGCUGCAGGGCGGUUAUACGGAGUGCUCCAAAAUACCCCGGGCGGAUUUGAGGAUUUGGUCGGAAUGCUGCAGCGAUUGUCGUUACUCCGGUCAGCUGAACACGAUCAGCAGGCUAAACGCUCGCAGAAAUAGAAGAGAUAUUAGCUACAAAGAUGAACCAUUAAUCGGCAACCUUCAUCCUUUGGAAAAUGAAGUGAACACUCUAAAAUCGAAAAUAAAAGAUUUGGAAAAGGCUAUGAGCGAGAUUAAGGAACAAUUAAACAGAAAUUAAGUACCUACAACUCGCUUAAUAGUAAUAAUACUGCCAUACUUAUUGAUUUAACAUUUUUAAUGUGCUGUGCUUAAAUUAAUACUUAUAAGUUUUUUAAACUUUUCACUUUCCACCCUUACUAGCACUAGUAUUGUAAAUUGUAAUUAGAUAAUAAAUAUUGUUAAUUAA